AUGAUUUGGCGAGCUGCCGGAAUGAGGCGGCUACUGGGGUCGUCGGUGGGCGGUUCGCGCGUGGGCGUGGCGCUGCUGUUCGUCGCACUCGUCGUCGCAUGGACCGUCGCAUACUUCGCCACGGCGCACUUCACGCUGCUCACUUCGCCGUCCGCCUUCGCUCUUCUCCCAGCCGGCAAUGCCACCUCCCGUGCAUGGCUUCAACGGCUGCAAAGUAGCCUCUCCGUGCUGCCGCAGCAAGGGCAACCGCCACAGCCACAGCACGAGCAACAGGAGAAUGGGCAACAGAGUAAGGAGCAGGAGCAGGGGCGGCAGGGGCAGCAAAAGGAGCAGAGCGCCGGUCAGCAGAGCGGCGACGGGCGGGACGUGUGGGACAAGCGGGAACAGAAACCUGCGAAGCAGAACGACUCGGCGUCGCACGCUUCUGCGAACGAACUUUUAACGCAGGAGCAGCAGUCGCAGCAGCACGUGGGGAAACAGGUUGACACUGCGAGUGUUGAUACUGCUGCCAAUGACGGCCCGGUUGCCAUCUGCCUCGUGGGCGGCGCUCGGGACUUCGAGGCCACGUGGCCUUCCAUCCUGCGCCACGUCAUCAGCCGCUACCCGCCAGCUCACCUCUUCCUGCACUCGCCGCUGGACGAGCGCGCCAGCAAGCUGUGGGCGCUGCUGCUCGCCUCCCCUGCCAAUGCCACCACCGCCUCCUCUGCUGCUGCUGCUGCUGCUGCUGCUGCUACCAACAGCACACAGAGUGCAGUGAGCACGGCAGUUAGUAUAGCAGCGGUGCGCAUCUUCCCCAGUGCGGACAUUGCAGAGACGGACCAGCACUGCGCGGUGCUCACCAGUAACGGCUCGCCACAUGGCAUCCAGGUGGGGCACGUGGUGUGGGGGCAGCAUGGCAUGUGCAUGGAUGGAGUAGGCAGUGCUGUGUUGGACACGCGGUGUUGCUGGGUCUGCUGCAGUACUUUCGUCUCGUGGAGGGCUGUAUCGAUCUCAUAUCCACCCACCAACUGCAGCACAACAUCUCCUACCGCUGGGUCAUCCGCACACGAGUCGACGGCUACUGGACCGCCCCCCCUCCCUCCUUGGCGGAUGGUUAGUGGCGUGCCAAGUCAGUGUCUCUCCCCCCCUACACCACUCUUCACCUCCCUUCCCUCUCCCCCCUCGCGCCACACACCCCCCUCCCCCCUCUCGCAGGGUCUGCUGCAGUAUUUCCGUCUCGUGGAGGGCUGUGUCGAUCUCAUCGCCACCCACCAGCAGCAACACAACAUCUCCUACCGCUGGGUCAUCCGCACACGAGUCGACGGCUACUGGACCGCCCCUCCUCCCCUUCUCCCCUCCCUCCACCCCUCUGCCUACACCAUCCCCUUCGGUUUCGACUGGGGGGGCCUCAACGACCGCCUCGGGAUUGGCUCUUGGGACGCCUCCAAAGUGGCUCUCAGGCGUUUAUCUGCGUUACAAGACUUGUUCAGUGCAGGGUAUAGGGCGCUGACGUCUGAGAAGGCGUUUCGGGCGCAGAUGGAGGCUGUGGGGGUGGCAGUGGCAAGAAAGCAUUUUCACUUCUGUGUUGUGACGCGGAGGCGGUCCCGAGGAGGCGAUGGGUGUGCUGCCAUGAUGUUUUCAACUGCCACCUACGGGCCGCUGAAUGGGGCCAAGUGCCGGCCCUGCUCCUCCCCGUGUGCUGUUGAUGAUCAGGCGGCGGCAAUCAUCAACACAGUGCGCGCGGCGGGCGGCAUGUACCGCCACCCGUUGCCGCCCGGGAUGCAGCUGUGCGACGCGAAGCAGGCGUGGGAGGGCGCGUGGGAGCGGCAGUUCGACCGGGACGUGGAGCGGCAGCGCGGCGGGAAGACCCUGAGCUGGCAGCGCCGCAACAUUGGGCUGGUUGCUGCUAGCCUUGCACAUUGCACGGAACAGUUUAACAAGCUCAAGGCCGUGAGUGUGACGUGGGACUCGCCUCCCCCAGUGGCUGUGUGCAUCCGGGCGCAGCUGGGGGAGGUAGAGCUGAUGGGCAGCAAGACCGGCGAGUUCAACACCUUCACCUCUCUUCUCACCAGCAAAAGGUCAACUGGGGGAGGUGAGGGGUCAACUGGGGGAGGUGAGGGGUCAACUGGGGGAGGUGAGGAGUCAACUGGGGGAGGUGAGGAGUCAACUGGGGGAGGUGAGGAGUCAACUGGGGGAGGUGAGGAGUCAACUGGGGGAGGUGAGGAGUCAACUGGGGGAGGUGAGGAGUCAACUGGGGGAGGUGAGGAGUCAACUGGGGGAGGUGAGGAGUACACCAGGGGAGGUGAGGAGUCAACUGGGGGAGGUGAGGAGUCAACUGGGGGAGGUGAGGAGUCAACUGGGGGAGGUGAGGAGUACACCAGGGGAGGUGAGGGGUCGACUACGAGAAUUGAGAGCCUGUUGAGCGUGAGGAGAACCAUCUACCACUCUUCUUAG